GCGGACGGACGGACGUAGACGACGCACGGAGGCGCACGGGGCUGCAUAGAAGCAGGAGAGGCAUAAUGACAACAACUGAUCCGGCGGACGGGGCAGCCCAGGAAUUUUUGGAUUGGCUACAAAACCAUGGCGCCGACACGAGUCGGCUACGGUGGCCCGUCACCGACGGCAACGGAAGGAAGGCCGUCGCCACGCAGGAUAUAGGGGAAAACGACUACGCGCUGCGCGUGCCCGAGGCACUCAUGAUGUCGCCGUCCAAAGCUUUGAAGAGUGAGAUCGGGGAAGCGUGCGACCGGCACGGGCUGCGGGGCGACGUGCUCCUGGCCACAUUUGUGGUCUUUGAGCUGCGGAAGGGUUCGAAAAGUUUCUGGGCGCCCUAUCUACAAAUGCUGCCGCCACCGGAGACGUGCUGCGACUGGUCCACUGACGAACUGGAAAGGUUGCAUGAUCCGGAGCUCCAAGAGAGGGCCGAAUCUAGGGAAAGAUGGGUCCGCGACUUGUACGAUAGGUAUUACACCCAAACUCUGAUUGUGAGGUACCCUGACUUAUUUCCCGCGUCAUUCUUCACAUAUGAAAGAUUCCGCUUUGCCUGGUUCGUGGUCCAAUCUCGAGCGUUCGGGAGAAAAUUGAGGGAGACGGCUUUAGUGCCAUUGGCCGACUGCCUGAACCAUUCCCACUCCGUUCAAUGCUCCUACCGGUUAGUUGAUAGGUGCUUCGAGCUCUUCCCCACGCGAGACGGCGAGUACGUCCAAGGUCUUGAAUUACUCAAUUCCUACGGCCCCUGCCCGAACUCGAAACUUUUACUGGACUACGGCUUCUCGAUCUUGGAUAAUCCCCACGACACGGUGCGCCUGGGGCUCGAGUUGCGACCUCCUACCGACGACGCGCUCGUCGACCGGCGGCGGGCGUUGCUUCGACGGGGCAACUGCUCGCCCUACCCGACCUUCCAAUUGCGGCGGGGCGAGGCGCCCGUCGACGCGCUGGCCUUUCUGAGGGUCGCGCUGGCGCCGGCGGACGUGCUUUCCACGAGAGAGGCGCUGCCCGAGGGGGACGACGUCCUCGGCGUCUUGGACGACGAAGAGAAAGUGGUAGCGUACCUCGACGGUUUAUUGGCGACGGUCGGCGACGACUGCGGCCCGCCGCGGGCCGACGACGACGCCGCGCUCGCGGCUUCCCCGGCGCCGCGGGUCGUCUUCGCGCUGCGCUACCGCGCGACGCGGCGCGCGAUCGUCGAUUCUUGUAGAGCGGCGCUGCGCAACCUGAGUAGUAGUGUAUAACUUUUGUUGAAUUUUA